GCAUACGUUGCUUGGUGAAUGUCAAAAACGUGCGUUUCGCAUACCGUAUUUGUUUUUAUUUAAAAAUUUGUUGCACACAUUUAAAUUAAGCAAAUAUUAAAACUACACUAUGAAACUCAGCACGUAUAACUUUCUCACUUCAAUGGCUAUCAAGGGAGUCAAAGUUGGAUAUCCCCUAAAACUGACGAUCACCAAACAGAAUGUGGUGGAAAGUGAAUUCAAUCCGGUGUUUAUAGAGAAACUGUUGCCUAAGCUGGACUGGGCAGCUCUAUACGGUGCCGCACAAGUGGCGGAGUGCGCUGAGGACAUUCCUCCAGCACAGCCAGACAACAUUGCUGACAACGAGGCGCUAUUGCAAAAACUGCACCAUCUGCUAUUCGAAAUCGACGUGCUUGAGGGACAGCUGGAAUGUCCCGAAACCGGACGUGUGUUUCCCAUAACCGAUGGCAUACCCAACAUGCUAUUAAAUGAGGAUGAGGUCUAAAAAAAAUGCCGCCCAUUAAUAAACACGCAUAUUACUAGGUUUAAUUUUAAAUAUCGAUUUAUACAUAUAUUUGUUUUUGUAAUUAGUAUGUAUUUCAAGCUGCAAAGUUUGUCCAAAAAAAAUGAAUUAGAGUUUUGGAUGGAA